UGUUUGCCCAUCCUUGGUGCUUCUAGCUCGUGAGGGAGAAACUACAGGAGAGCUCUGAGGAUGGACGGAUGGCAAAGUUAGCUGAGAUGGAGAAAAUUACAUUUUUGUCUCACAAUGAGAGCAGUGAAGGUUGAGGUUUUUCAGGAUGUUUUGGGACAAAAGAAGUUGCUUUGUUUUAAUUUUACCUUGACUAGGAGCUUAUAGGAGUCCAGUGUGGUUUAUGCCAAAAGCUAAAGCUCCAUCAAGCAUUUAAUCUUUUUCAUUUUUUUUUAAGUUUAGCUGGGUGAGCUAAGCGUGUUCAAAACCUUUUAUCAUGGAGAAAUUCAAAGCAGCCAUGGUUCUAGGGGCUGUUGGUGAUGCUUUGGGCUUCAAAAAGGGCCACUGGGAAAGCUGCACAUCAGGCAAAAAGAUCCAAGAGGAACUGGCCUCUUUGGGAGGAUUGGGGGCUCUUAAACUGGAACCUGAUAACUGGCCUCUGAGUGAUGCGGUGCUAAUGCACAUAACCACAGCAGAAGCACUCGUAACAGAUUACUGGUGUCUGGAGGAUCUGUACAGGGAGGUGGUACGUCUCUAUGUUGAAGCCAUGGUUUCUCUCCAAGGGAGAGCCCCUGAUCCUACUACCGUGGAGUCAUAUGUUCAUCUCAAACCACACAACUUCCUCCUCGCCUGGCAUACACCCUUCAAUGAAAAAGGGUCUGGGUUUGGUGCAGCAGCCAAAGCCAUGUGUGUGGGUAUGAGAUACUGGCAGCCUGAAAGACAAGAAAACCUGGUGGAGGUCAGCAUUGAGAUAGGCAGAAUGACCCACAACCACCCAACAGGCUUCCUCGGCUCCCUGACAGCAGCACUGUUCGCAUCCUAUGCAAUCCAGGGGAAGCCUCUUGUGACUUGGGGUCGUGAACUCAUGAAGGUCAUCCCUCGUGCUGAGGAGUACUGCAGGAAGACCAUACGGCAUAUGGCAGAGUAUCAGGAAAACUGGUUCUAUUUUGAGGCUAAGUGGCAGUUUUACCUUGAAGAACGAGAGAUAGACAAGGAGGAGCAAAACAAACCUUCAUUCCCUGACCACUAUGACGCUGAGGAGACAGAUAAAAUGUACAAGCGUUGGAGCUCAGAAGGUCGUGCUGGUCGGAGAGGUCAUGAUGCUCCUAUGAUAGCCUAUGACGCCCUUUUGGCUGCAGGGAGUGACUGGGCUGAACUCUGUAAACGAGCCAUGUUUCAUGGAGGUGAGAGUGAAGCAACAGGCCUAAUUGCAGGUUGUCUGUAUGGCCUGAUGCAUGGUCUGAGUCAGGUUCCCCCAGGCCUGUUCCAGGAUUUGGAUAAACGAGAACACCUGGAGGAGCUUGGAGAGGCACUAUACAAGGCAGCAUCUGCAGAGAAAUGCAUAGACAAACCAGAUUCGUGGAAAUCCAGAAUAAUCCCUGAAGCCAGUAGAUUGAGGAGGCUGGUUAGAGACCCCAAAUGUCAUCCAGUGCUCCGAGGGAUUCUUGAGAGUCUUCUGCAUUACCUAAUACAGGAUCUGCCCAUGAGGACCUCCAUGGACAGAAACUUAGAGAAGCCAGAGACCAGAACACAGCACAAAAGAAAAAGUUGCUGCCCUGACCAGCCAAGUGAGACUUAUGUGAGAGAGUCUCGAUUUCAGGCAAGCUGCAAAGUGGUUCAUCUCUUUGAAGCAGAAAAAGAAGUCCAGGCAAAGGCUGCUGACACCAGUUCUGGCACUGGUUUUAAGUGCCAGCUGAAUCCACAAGAAAACAAAUUAAAAGGCGAUCAAAGAGCAGGAGACCUCAUAUCUCGACGUAUUACCACAUUUCAGCUCCUUCAGUCUAAAUUCUUAAGGUCCAUGCCCAAACCCCAUGUUACCCAACAGAGGGAGGUAGGGACUCUGUCCUCUGGCAGAGGGAUGCCAAACCACAAUUACAAUCAAGACACUGAACGUGACAUGCACACAAAGCAGCAAGCUAAGAGACAAGGACUAAAGAGACAAAACAGUGUGAAGGAUAUUGUUGCCAAGUUUGCCAUGGCUGAGCAGAAAGAACUGGGACUGAAAACAUCUAAAAAGCAGCAAAUCAAACCAAGCGUCAUUGGAAAAGGGAUCCUCUUAUCUUCAAUUAUGGAGAAGUUUGAGUCUCUAGCUACUGUAUCUAAUGCAAGUAACUUAAAUUCCUCAUAUGAAAGACCUGCUGGAGAAGUCAAGGUUCCAUCUAACAUAAAAGAGAAGGUGGCUUUUCUUGAAAGGAAGCAUCACCAGAUGGCAGACCAAACCGUCCACAAACAAAACCCACAGAAGGACACAAAAAGUAAAUCUGUUAUACAAAACUUAAAAAGAAAUCACAUUUCAAAUGAAAAAGCAGAUCAAGCAGAAGAUAUUUUAAAAGAAGCAAACUUGCAUACAGAAGACAUGAAGACUUUAAAAGAAGAAAAAGUGGAGGGCCAGCCCUCAUUUGAAGGGCUUUAUAAUUCAUCCAAACAUAGACAUGAUCAAAUAAAAGAUGAUGAGGUUAAGGAUUGUGACUCAGCAGAAUUCAGUGAAACUCACACUUCAGUUGAUGAAAUGAAGUUUAUUACAAUGAGGGUCAAAUUUGGAUGUGUAGAGGAGCUCUCCUUGCUAUCUGUGACAGAGUGGGCAUUCCCACAGCCGUACAGGCUUUUUGUGGAGGAAGAGCUCCCAUUGAAAUGGCAUCUGGCCACUAUAAUGACCUGCUCUCCUGUGUGGAACACAUGUAUGGAAACUAAGCCUAGAGCUUUGGAUAAGUUAAACCUUGCAGACAGUUAUUGUGGAAGCCGACAGUUUUCUUCCAGCAAGUCAGCUGCAGGUGAAUCCAUCAUGUUGACAGCUGAAAGCGAUGCCAAACCAACAAUCAAGACAUUUUCUAGAGAUUCCUCUUAUGAAGCUGUAGAUAACAGUGACUUACAUCUCCAGAGACUUAUGACUAUCCAGGAAGGAUCACCCAAGUACAUUAUUCCACAUGCUUACAGAUAUGAAGAUCAACAUGGUGCUGACCAGAUUAAAUCCUCUUUUCAAUCAGCACCACAGCCAGAACCUUUAACUCCUCUGACUGCACAUUUACAGUCACACUCUGAUACCUCUACGGCUGCUCCUAGCGUCAUCUUAGAGUCAACAGAAAAUAUUCAAGAUAAUGAUCCGUACAGUCCUCAAGAUAUUGGCAGUCAUGUGAUAACUAGAAAGAAAUCAGCAAAAGGUGAGACGCAAGAAAACGAGACAGAGGCUUCAAAAGAAGGACAAGAAGAGGUUAAUACUGCUGUUAUGCCACAAAGCUGUAGACUUUCUUAUGACACUGCUAACCAGGCUGCACUUGAAGACUGUGAGAUUUCUGCAGUAACAUUACCCAAGUUUGAAUCUGAGAGAGACAAAGCAAAACAGAAACCAAAGUAUACCACAAUCUAUUAUGGGGAUCCUUCAGUCAAGCAAACAUAUAAACCCAAAAUCAUACGAUUUACUGACACAUUUACAUUUUAGAUUGGUGCUGGCAGUAAACCACCUUCAAACCAGGAAAAUGUACAAAGAAAUAAAUAUUUUAUACUAAAGCUGACAACCUCCAGAGUCCUCUCCAGCAUUUAGAUUUACUGGUUAAGAUCAUUUAAAUUCAAACUUGAAGUGAUUGUUUGCACAGUUUCACUCUGUCUUCAACUGAUUAUCUUAAUAAUUGUUAAGAUAAUGAAAUCAGUGUAGUGUUUUCAAGAGUGGGAGGUAUAAUGUUAUCAUGAUUGUUGAUAAAAUGAUGUGCAGACUGCUUCACAAAAGACUAUCUUGACUCUACAUAACUUUAUUUUUUAUAAAAUGUUAAAAACUUCAUGUUUAUCUGUAUAUUCUUACUUUUAAAUAUUUUAAAUGUAAUGAUCCUGUCCUUUAAUUAACUAUCAGUCUGUAAUAAAUUAAUUUUAGCUUGUCAGCUCUUGAAAAGAAUCUGUAAAGAUGAAGUAGCAUAUUGUCAUGCUUGCCAGAGAAUGACUAAGCUCUGAAUGUUUUUAUCUUUUUUUAUUAUUAUUAUUCAUUUAUUUAAUUUAGUUUUCUCUUUCUUUUUGUCCAGGGACAGACUAA